AUGCCCUCUGAGACAGAACCCCUCCUCCCUCGCUAUGAGGAUGACACCUCCCGUCAGCGACGGCUCCACCAAAAGCUACAUAGCUACCAGAUGAUCCGCGCCAUCUCCGAGGGAUACAUGCCAACAACUGAACAAACUAUCGCCAACCUCCGUACCCUCCUAGCCUCCGAUGUCCUCAACCUACGUAAUCAAGAUAUCGGCAGCGUCGGUCGCCAGCUAGUGCGGGAUAGUCGACUGUGGAUCCAGGUCUUCAUUGAAUUUCUGCAACAGAAGAACAGCCAAGACCAACUCCAGGAGUUUCUGUGGCGCCUGGCCCGUUCGCGCGUCGAGGUGGACACCGAGAGGGUUUCAAGGCAGGCAGCCCACGUGAAGGCGCGGGCAGAUACUAAAGCUGCAUAUGACAGUUUCCGCACUGUCGGUGGUCUGCUUCUGACUAAUGCCGAUUUCCGUCUUUUCGUCGAUGACAUCGUGACCGUUGGCCGCCAGAUCUUCGCUGAUACCGCUGAAUCGCUCGCCGAAUCUUCCAAGAAAGUUGCGGAACAAGUUCAACCGUCCGAGGAAGAAGAGCAGGCGCUACAGGGCGCUGGUGCCGAUGAGGGGUAUGAGCUAUCAAAGGCCGAGGUGAAGGAGGAGGUUGCACAUGUCGCGGGUGUGGCCGGCGAAGGGAUCGCUCAGACGAGCCACGAUGCUGUACAGAGCGCCAAGGAGCACCUGUCAGGCCGAGAAAGGGACACCUUGCUCUUCCGGUUGAAGCAGGCGGUUCAAAAUCUCCGAGAGAGGACGGACUACUCUGACUCGGUGGCAACACUUGCCCAGUUGGUAGCGCGCUAUGCUAAGAUCUACGCCGAUGUAGCAGAAAAUACUGCCUCGGUUGCCCAAGAAGACAUGGAAGUCAACGCUGACCUCAAGCGGGCGGUCGACGAAUUCUGGAAUCUCUUGCGGUCAUUCGGUAGCGCAGAGGAGUGGGAUCGGCUUCAGGAGAAGUUUCACAAUGUCUUGCGCCAUGCAAACAAAGAUCCCGAGUUUGAUAAUCUCCUGGGAGAGGUCGGAACUUCGUUGCAGGACAUGCUCAUCAACCCCGAGUUCUUCGACUCGGCACCGCAGAAGCUCGAUGAACUCAAACAACACUCUGAUAAAGUAGGCUCGGAGACGAGCCUGCGAAAGGAUGUCGACGAUUUCCUAGCACAGACCAAACUCACACUAAGAACUGUGCCGGAAGACCCAGCCGUCUCCAAGUUAAUCAAUGCCACUAAGAAGGUCUAUCAGGACGCUUGGGGUGCCUACAACGACAAGAAGGCCGACCUCCCAGCAGACUUGGUGAACGUCUUCCUCCCAGUGCUCCUCCGAACAAUCCAAUACAUUCCAUUCCCCCGCCUGGAGAUCUCUGCUCCAGAAAUGGACCUCCUCCUCGAGAACCUAAUCCUUGAACCCGGCCACACAGUAAACUUCUCUUCCUUCCUUCCCUACCGCAUGCAUCUCCUCACGCGCAAUGACAUCGACGUGGUGAAAACCCACUCGAAACGCACAGAAACACUCAUGAAAACAGCCUUCACAGUCACCGUCCAAGGUCUCAACAUCAGCGCCGAAGACUUCGGCUACUGGUUCCGCACCCACACAGGCUUCUUCCACCUGAAGGAUGAAGGCAUAGGAAGCUUCUACCUAGACCGCCGCGGCAUCGACAUCUCCCUAGACAUCGAAGUCGGCCGCGGCAGCCUGGAGCAGAUUUUCUCUUUGCGCGGCGUCCGCGUGUGCAUCCACAAACUCGACUACACAGUCAAGCGCAGCAAGUGGAGAUUCCUCCUAUGGCUGACUAAGCCAUUCCUGAAACAUCUCGUGCGGCGCGUAUUGGAGAAGAAGAUUGCAGAGGAGAUUGUUGCUGCGGCGUUCGCGCUGAAUCGCGAGCUAGUCUUUGCACGCGAACGGCUACGUGCUGCGCGCAUCGCUAACCCGCAGGACCUGGCGACCUUUGUGCGGGCUGUCCUUGCGCGCCUUAAACCUGCUGACUCGGAUGUCGAGACUAGGAUUGGUCUUGAGCCGCUAGAUCAGGGUGUCUUUAAGGGUGUUUAUGCUCCUGGUAGUAUUGUCAAGACCUGGCAUGAGGAGGCCACACGUGCGCAGGAGGCUAUUGAGGAUGGAGAUGAGACGCGUGGCCUUGGUCAUACGUGGCAUAAUGAUAUCUUUAAUGUUGCUGGGCGAAACUGA